AUGUACGAUGCGUCGGGGAGUGUCGACGUGCAUCCGGAUGCCAUCUGGGGGGAACCUUCAUGUGCCUGGCCCCUAGGAUGCUCUGGCACGGAAGUCUGGCGUGUACACAGUGCGAAUCUCGAACACAUUCCUGGACCCAACUAUACGACAGGCGCGUUGUCAAAACGGAGUAGGGAAAUACGUGGAAAGGAACAUCAGGAAAAUUAA